UUUUUAUUUAUUUAUUUAUUUAUUAAAAAGAUGCAUUAUAAUAGCAAAAAUACAUGGAAACCACCUGGAUUUUAUGAAAUACCAAACAUCCUAGGCAGCGCCUAUCUGAGUCCAGAUCCACCUGUUCGAUGGGAUCUUCGUCCACUUGACCUUUCAAAACAAAUUACCAAGAGGCCGUGGUAUCCACCCAACCCACAUUAUGAAAUACCUCCUUUACCACCUUUAUUGAAACACAAAUCAUUAAAAUGUAUAAAAAAGACGGAAUAGUAAAAGACAAUAAGUAGAUGUAACCAAUCAUCAUUCUCCGGAAAUGAUGGAGAAUAAAGACAAAAACUGAAUUUUACAGGUGCAUCUGCGCUGAGCGGAAUAAAAUAUGUUGGCUGAUGUUGAAGCAACCUUACACUAAACUAAAAAUAAAUUUGCAUAAAAAGCAAAGCAG